AAACAAACAAAAAAAAAACUGUCGGGUUGAUAAGCGUUAGAAUGGGUUGUUAUUUUUAAACUGAAUCCCUUCGUUGUUUGACCUUACCAACAUGGCCGACUAACUCCCAUUUCUCAUUUGUUUUCAUGGAAUAUCUGGGAUACUCAUAUCCGGUAAGGUCAAUUUCUCCACAGGUCCGCCAUUUCAGUUUGUUAUAAGAAGUUCUCGGGGAAAUUUGAUUAUAAAAACUUUUUUUUUUUUUAAAGAAAUAUUAGGGAUUUUUUUUUUUUUUUUUUUUACUGCAUUCCCGAUUAAAUUAAGCGCACCUCGGCGGUCUGCGUUUGAGAUCUGCUCGUUUUAACUGCAGGGCGGCGUGUGUCGUUAUUUUUUAAACGCGCUCUCCCAAGUUAAAGUUUUUUGUAUGACUUGAGCGCUGAGCCUGGAAAGGGAGAGUCGAAGGGAAGGGCCUGCGAAGCCGCGGUGUCGGAGUGCCAGCCAUGGCCGGGAAUUUCGACUCGGAGGACCGCGUGAGUUGGUACUGGGGGAGGCUAAGCCGGCAGGAGACGGUGUCCCUGCUGCACGGACAGAGGCACGGGGUUUUCCUGGUGAGGGACUCGACCACCAUUCCGGGGGACUACGUCCUGUCCGUCUCGGAGAACUCAAAGGUGUCCCACUACAUCAUCAACAGCAUCAACAGCAACAGACAGUCGAGCACAGGUGAGGACGGCAUGGGGCACGGGUUCAGUCUCGGUGCAGCAAGAUGGAAGUGCGCUGGAUCAAGUCCCCCCAGGUUCCGGAUAGGAGACCAGGAAUUCGAGGCACUCCCCGCCCUUCUAGAGUUCUACAAAAUCCACUACCUGGACACUACCACCUUGAUAGAGCCCAUUUCCAAAUCCAAACACACUAAGGGGGCGCACCUCGCGGGCGGCGGGCCGGCGCUCUCCCAACGACCGGAGGAGGCCGAGUACGUGCGCGCCCUCUUUGACUUCCCCGGCAACGACGAGGAGGACCUGCCCUUCCGCAAGGGGGACAUCCUGCGCGUGCAGGAGAAGCCGGAGGAGCAAUGGUGGAACGCUGCCAACGCGGACGGCAGGUCUGGCAUGAUCCCCGUCCCCUACGUGGAGAAAUACCGGCCCUCGUCCCCCACCGGGGGAGGUAACCAGGACGGACCACUCCCAGGCGGACUGGAGCCAGGGGCGUACGCCCAUCCCAGCCUCAGCACUCCACUCCCCAACCUCCUGAACGGGCCUGUUUUUGCCAGGGCUAUCCAGAAGCGAGUCCCCAAUGCCUAUGACAAGACGGCCUUGGCUUUAGAGGUUGGUGACAUGGUGAAGGUGGAGAAGAUCAAUGUGAACGGUCAGUGGGAGGGGGAGUGCAAAGGCAAACGCGGCCACUUCCCCUUCACACAUGUGCGGCUCCUUGACCAGCACAACCCAGAGGAGGACUUGAGCUGAGAGCAGCUGGCUGGGACCCGCCUUUCCACCCACAUCAUCCCCAUCACAGUCACCCCACUGCCUGAUCCGCAACAAGUCAGCUGUGUCUCUGAUCCCUCUCUCCUUGUCUCCCUGGGGCCCGUAUUCAGAAAGCAUUAGCGUGCUGGUAAAGGCAUAGGCCGGGACGCAUUUGAAGAUUCCCCUUAAAGGAUCAGGAAUCGGGGACUCGGUUCACGUUAAACAAAAUUAGAUUGAAUUCGUGUGUGCAAAGCUUGGUGUGAAAUAAUGCAUGUGGCUCGUUGCUGUAUUACAUACAUGUGAACUUUCUUUAAUUAACUUUGUGGGACCCCUCUAGGGAGAUGCUUUCCCCUAUUUGUUUUCUUCAUUUCUUAUAUUUGAAUAUAUUCUGAUUUAAAGUAAUCUCAUACACAGUGGUGUUGGGGCUGGCUUAACAACCAAGGCACACGGGCAGAUAUCCGUGCAAGCAAUGCCAUGCCUUAGGAAAGUUCAUAUGAUAUGAUGAUGUGGGUACUGAGACCCUAAUGCUUUCUGAAUCUCGUGUUUCAUCCCCUCCUCCCUCCACCCGCCCCUGUUGCAUUGAAUCUCUUUAAGGACUUACGACAAGCAAGCUAGGAUUGGCCCACUGUUCCACUGGAUCCUGAAGAGCUCAAACCUGACCCAGGUACUGACGAAUAAAGACGUUUGCCAGAUUAUAUCCGCUGUUUCAAUCAAACACUAGGUGAUGUUUUUCCCCCUCCUGUUUCUAAAUGGGUGCAUCUUGUAGUUCAUUAAAUAUGAGCGGUAUGAGGGCUAUGUAGAUUUGCUGAUGUGUUUUAAAAUAUAUAUUCUACCCCCUGCUCCAGUGUUGACUCUAUCUAGCACCAUUUUGGUUUGCUACCCUUCCAGUAAUGGCUCACGCCUGCUUUAAAUUCUCAGUAGCAGCCAUUUCUUUUGUCACAAUUGGUGGGGAUCAUCCCACAUCUGCUCAUGACGUCUGUACCUCAAGGUGCACACAAAGCUGCCCUGGGAGGAGCAGAGAAAGACUUUGGCGGCAGGUGAAGAUUAUGUAAUUCCGCGCCAUUAGCUGAAACAGCAUGACCGUGGCAGACACACGCUCUCGCUGAAACUGAUUGAGAAACGGUUCUGCUUCUCUGUGUUAAAAACACUUGCCUGAAUACCUUGCAGCACAGAAAACGGCAUCUGCUGACAAGGACUGUCGUCGGAAGACUCGCAGCAGGCAGGCCACCGGGAAUAAAGCAGCCCGAGGCUUUCUGAAUCUGGCCUGCUUGUUUCAAGAAUCUCAAAUUUAUGGGGCAAAAAAAGUGCAGAGUAAUGAAGACUUGACUGGAUUGUGUAAUCAAUGCAAUGGAUCUGAAUGGAGUAGACAUUGCAAAGAGCUGUAAGCAUUUAAACAUACAUUACAUCAUAUAUUCACACCCUUUAUUUUAUUUUCGUAACCCAAGUUAGCCUGGACACUAAUUUGAAUUAGCUUAAGCUGAAAAUGAUUUAAGUUGCUUCUUGAACAGAUUUUCUCUAGUAUUCUGUGUUGCUCUGAUAAGUCUCUUUUAAAAUCCGGUCUUUAGAAUAUUCAAUUGCCAACAAACACGAAACUCUCCUGGCGCUGCCCUAGACUCGACCCAGUACUGCAGUGCAGAUUUGAAUGAGAAUUAACUGCAGCAGUGCUGCACCCGUACACUUUGUUUGUCUUUUUCUCGGUGUGUGUGUUUGCAAUCCAGCCUUGCGUUUCGAGGACUCCUCCCUGUGUUUGCAUUGCCCCGUGUUGAUUCACUAACCUUUUAUUAAGCAUUAAUGUAUCGCUGAUUGCAGUGUAGGCCAGUGGGUCUCGGUUCCAGCUCCCUCUGGCUCUGAUGCAGGGUUUGGCAAACUUGGCCCUUCCCAUUAAACCUCUACCCAGAUCCUGAAGCAGUUCACCGUUUCAUUUUCAUCGGGUUCACAGAUCUUGAUUAUGCACAUGAAUGUAUGUUGGUUUAACAGAAGUAAAGCUGGUUUCAUACACCUGGUUAGCGUAGAUUGGACCCAAUGUUGUGCCUAUAGCUAGUGUAGUCCAACAUGACUAUAGUCAGGGGCUGUGAAAUAGGCUUCUGGCUGUCUAACCUGUACCUAUAGAUUCAAUUAUAUUACAUGUGCUGUUGAAUGGAUUAUUGGGGAGUUAUGUGUUUUUUUUUUUUUUUUUUAAUGAUUGCAUGAAUAAAUAAUAAAUGAAUACAUGUUAAAUUCCUUUUAUUUGAACCCUGGACUGUUUGUUGCCACCAGGAGCUGGAGUAGGGGCAGCUGAUCUAGGGGGUGCUUCAAUGUUGCACCUCAGGGUUUUUAUUCUCUCGACAGCAUCUCAGAAUUGCUUGUGUGUGUUUUGAGCAGGCUGAGGCUGGAGCAGUCUUUUGUUCUAAGCAGGCCUUUUCCAGUGUGUCAAAUAAACCUCUGUAAAAUAGUGAGUUGCCUCUACGAGCUGCAGCUUCUGCAUAUCAAUGAAAACCACAGGAAUCAUGUGAUCGAGCCACCUUUAGCUAGAGCAGUCUGUCUCAAAUGCAGUAUCAUGCAACUCCAUCUCUCUCUCUCUGCGUCUGGCAGCCUGGAUGAGAGCUGUAAGAGAGCGGCUUUUGAUCUUGGGCAGUCGGUUCACUUCCAAGUGAUACGACUGGAAUGGGGAGAAAAAAAUGGACACAGAAGAGCACGCUUGUUCUCCCGAACGGUUUGGGGGUUCCGGGUCGUACGCAGAGUCUCUCUGCCUUCGGGUUUUACCUUCAUCUGUUUCUGAUCCCCCUUUCCCAGCGGAUCCGGUCUAAUUUGAUGUCUGUUUAGCUGCUGUUGCUUCUUUCAUUCGUCACUGUCGUGGACAUUUCCAGACACUGCAGCCUGCAGGGGGUUUGCCAGUCUCCUAAGCAGCACAGUCUACAUCCUCUUACUUGCUGAAAGCAGCAGCAAAUUCUGCCUCAUUGUCCUGACCGCUGUGCCGUUUAAAAUAUUUUAAAAAGAAAUGUUGGCGGCAAAUUCUGUGUUUUUUAAAAUGUUGAAUCCCUUUUUUCUUGCUCUGCUUUUGUCUGUGUGCUUUUGUGUUCGUGUGCGAACUCCCUGAUCAGUAGUGUUUGUCAUCAUCUGUGUCUGCAUCACUACAGUACUGACGCAGCAAAAAAAGCAUCAUCGCGAAUUCAGAAACUUCAGUAAUUGUAAAGGGGUUCUUGUAAAUAGCACUGCUUGUAUAGGGAAGCAUUGAUUCAUUUACAGUGUUACAGGAGGCUAGAAUACGAUCUUGACAAACUCUGUAGCGAUUGAUGAAAUAUAUAAAGCAGUACAGUUCUGGAAAGGGUUGCGUUGGCAUGGUCUAUUUGUGUGGAUCGGUUUCCUGCCGAAAAUAUAUGCAAAUGCCUAUGAUAUCCGUCUGUAUAUAUUUUUUUUGGAAUGAGUAUUCAUGCGAUUGCAUCCAUGUGCUAAACCACCUGAUCUAAACUAUCUCCUGCAGUAUAACCACCUGCAUCCAUCUUCAGCACCACUGGAGCCACACUGAACCACGUUACAAAAUGCUGCUAUUCAGAAAAUGGUACAUUUCAUCUCUGACUCUUAACGUUUUGGACUCUAGAAUACUGUUUAAAAUGAGAACCCGCCCCCACAACAUGGAGUACCACAUUUUGUGGAUCCUGGAUAAACGAUGGUCCCUCUUUGACCCGGGUCUCUGUUCAUUCUGUCGAUUUUGUUAGAUUGUAAUUUACAAACUAGACCUAAUUGGAGGGGAAAAAAAAAUCAGUAAGAGCAAUCAGUCCUGUUCAACCUAUUGGUUAUUUUACUGAUGAAUUGAUUACACGCCCAAAGAAUUGAUUCAUUGGUGCUGCCUCUGUCUUUGAGUGUCGUUCUCAGGAUAUAAAUUACACCUGCAGAUGCCAGCUCUGGAUUCAAUCUAAACAGGAAAAAUACAUGCUAGGUAUCACCUGGCAAUGCAGGCCUGCUCCAUUAACCUUGUGCAAAUUUCAUAUGGCACUGAAGUAUCACUCGCCACUGUUAAAACGAAUAAUCGAAUCCAGUUGAAUCGCGCGAUCGAGGUUCUGAAUUGUAAAUUACGGGAAGGUAACCCUGAGAUAAAUAAUUCUAUAGUUUCAGCGUUGGAUACCGAAACACUGAAGAGAGCCCAUUUAAUAUAUAGUUCUACAAACUGUUAGAUUGCUGUUUUGAGUGGAGUUGUCUUUCCUAGACCUGUAUAUAGGUCUGCAGUGUUGAAAGCACUGACUGGAGCUAGCAGAACAGAAAUACUGUAAAGUACAGCCUUACUGUUUUACAGAAAUGUGUAAAUGUUUAUAUGGAGGUUACAUAUAAAAGGUCUCUGGCGAUGAAUCAGGUUUUCCACCAUAUAUGCAAAGUGGAGUCUGCUACAGACCUCUGGACUCGCGAAUGGAGGAGUCUGAUCAGUUACACAGAGUCCUUCUGUGUUCUGUUUGGACACCAGAACAUGUUUAGCAGUUCGAUGUUUUAAAGGGCAGAAUUGUAUAGAAACGCUGCUGAUGCGAUUUUGCAAUCUCAAAGCGGUAUGAGUCUGUAACAGCAGUUCUGGGGUGCAGAUUCGAUCAGGCAAAUGUUUUCCUUGCUAAUUAAUUACAGGAGGAGAGUUGGGGCAACUGCCUUUUGACAAACGUUCACACAAACCUUUGCUUAGCUGAACACAGCCCGCUAUUGAGAAACACUGGUGUGGAUUGUGACAUCAUGCUCUUUUAAUGAGCAUUCUCAACAAUGUGACAUCACUGUCAGUAGAUCCCUCAACAGUGAAAAACCCAUGUCUUGUGUGUGUGUCAGGCACAUGUUCUGUUUCAUCCUUGGUUCAUCAAGAAUGAGUCUGCAGGGGUUACUAUAGUGUGUUACCAUAGCAGACAGCUGUAUUUAACACUAGUGUUCACGUUGGAUAUUGUGAUAUAUGAAAUCCUAAGUAGAGCCCAGUCCUGCUGUGACGAUUACAAGCCCUGUCCCAGCUCAAAUCAUUAUUGCGAGGCUGUGUUAUAAGAUUGUUGCUUUGUAAGCUGAUCAAGUGAUUUGACUGAGAGUGAAUGAAGCGGUUAGCAGGUAACUCUAUAUAUUAAUGUGGGGCAGCACGUUUGUUUUGAAAGGUGUUGAAUUUAUAGGACUACUCAAAGAGAAGGAGAUGUGAUCCCUUUUAUUGGACUAACUAAACAAUAAUUAAUCACAAGCUUUCAAGACCUCGAUGGUCUCUUCAGGUGAAAGUGGAAUUAUUUUUUUUCCUACUUUCACUUUGAGACCUUUUGAGGUAUUGAAAGCUUGUGUAUUAAUUAUUGUUUAGUUAGUCCAAUAAAAGGUAUCACAUCUCCUUCUCUUUGUCUAUCAUCUCUGGACUAAUACGGCUACCAUUUCAUCUAUACUCAAACACGAGGUCAAGGGUAACUGUUGUGCCAUGGAAACUGCCUGGAGCUACUUUGAGAAUUACGUGAUUAGGAUACAUUUUCUUUUGGAGUGCGUGUGUGUGUUUUUAACUGUUAGACCACUGGUAAACAUUUGUUGUUCAACAUAAAUGUGAUUUGAUUCAACACAUAGAACUGUCUUGCUUUAAGAUGUCAGUAAUUAUAGCAUCUAGUCCAACAUUAUGAUCUAAAUUUGAUUUUGUCGACUUCUUCAAUAGCAGGAGUAAAAGAUCAUGAAACGUCAAAGUGAUGCAAAUGUCAAAACGUUAAGCAGAGUGUGUCUUAAAAACCCAGGUAUCCACGAGUGGUGCUUGGUCUGAUUCCAGAUAGAGAGGCUUCGCUGUUUCUCUGUGUGUGAUACUGACUGUGACUCGUCUUCUCAAGUGAAAAGGAGGAACCCAACAAAAUAAACCGCAGCAGAUUAACUGUACCGCCAAACUAUUUCAAUGCAAAUGGAGUCGCAGGCAGUUUGCCAAAUGUUUGGAUGUGACCAGUAACAUUGACCUCUGCGAGACAUGAAAUAAAGCCAAUCGCUGGGCUUUCCAGUAUGUCAGCGAGUCAUAAUCACACCCUUUCAACAUGGAAAAUCAAGCCCUAAUAACUGCUGUCCUUUACACAAUUCCUCGUUUACAUUGGGGUAUGUUAUAUAAUGAACACCCAGCCUAUUGCUUUCCUGUUACAUGUAUGUGUAUAUCAGAAAUGCUUCAUACAGUCUGUCUGGUCAGUGGCACGUCUGUGUGUAAGCAAACUUGGUACACCCCCCCCAAAAAAAAACGAGCUGGGGUGUUAACGAUGAACAGCAUGCAUUUGCUUUGUUUGUUUUGUCAUUCUUCUAGUUCUGUUGAUGAUUUAACAGAGCGUUGCUGAUAGACUGCAUUUGAACAAUCCACGGUAUCCACAGUGUUAAAACCGGGCCAGGUUAAAUGUGUCCCUUUCUGACCGGCCGCACCCCCACGAUUUUCUGCCCAAGUAGUCGUCUUCUUUUUCUUUUGUUUUUUAAUGAUUCUCAUUUGUUGUUCAUGUUAUGCAUAUGUUUUAAAUUCUUAUUUUUGUAAUGUAACCCUGUGUAAUUUCUUUUGGUUUUGGGAGGGGGGCAAUUGCAAAUAGAAAUCGUGAUUUAUAUUAACAUGAAGAUGUGCCAUUGUAUUAUAACCCUAUAUAUUCCUUCAUGACGGUUGAAAUUGACUUUGUAUUUUCUGUAGCAUGUAAUGUAUGUUUAUAAUAUAUCUAGCAAAUAAAGCCAAUUGACAAAUUA